AUUGGUUAAUAAUUAAUUUAAGUUUUAAUACUUGGUCAGCAAGAAAUCACUAUAAAAGGUCUGUUUCUCUGAAGUGUUCUUUACAAACCAUCAGCCAUGAGAGCUCUUGUGCUUGCCCUGACUGUGGUCCUUGUGGCAUCUCAACAGAUCAACCUUGUCCCUGAGUUUGCCCCUGAUAAGACCUAUGUGUACAAGUAUGAGGCUCUACUCUUGGGCGGUCUUCCUCAAGAAGGUUUGGCCAGAGCAGGUAUAAAAGUCAACAGCAAGGUUCACCUCAGUGCUGUGACAGAGAACACCUUUCUGAUGAAGCUCAUGGAACCUGUAAUCUACGAGUACGCUGGUAUUUGGCCAAAGGAUCCAUUUUUUCCUGCCACUAAGCUCACCUCAGCAUUGGCUGCUCAGCUUCAGAUUCCCAUCAAGUUUGAGUAUGCUAAUGGUGUGGUUGGAAAGGUAUUUGCCCCUGCAGGAGUCUCCCCUACUGUAUUGAACUUACACAGAGGUAUCCUCAACAUCCUUCAGCUCAACCUCAAGAAGACCCAGAACAUCUAUGAGCUGCAAGAGGCUGGAGCUCAGGGAGUGUGCAGGACCCACUAUGUCAUCAGUGAGGAUCCAAAGGCCAACCACAUUACCGUAACCAAGUCUAAGGAUCUGAGCCACUGCCAGGAGAGAAUCAUGAAGGACGUUGGCUUGGCAUACACUGAGAGGUGUCAUGAAUGCACAGAGAGAAUCAAGAGUCUGAUUGAAACUGCAACUUACAAUUACAUCAUGAAACCGGCGUCCGCUGGUGUUCUAAUCGCUGAAGCAACAGUUGAGGAAGUGCAUCAGUUUUCACCCUUCAAUGAGAUCCAUGGUGCUGCCCAAAUGGAAGCAAAACAAACCUUGGCUUUUGUUGAGAUUGAGAAGACCCCUGUUGCUCCAAUCAAAGCUGAUUACUUGGCCCGUGGAUCCCUGCAAUAUGAGUUUGCAACUGAGAUUCUUCAGACCCCCCUUCAUCUAAUGAAGAUCAGUGAUGCUCCAGCCCAGAUUAUCGAGAUCCUUAAGCACCUUGUUGCAAACAAUGUGGACAUGGUCCAUGAAGACGCUCCACUCAAGUUUGUUCAGCUCAUCCAGCUCCUGCGUGUUUCCACCCUGGAGAACAUUGAGGCUAUCUGGGCUCAGUUCAAGGACAAACCAGCUUACAGGCGCUGGCUCCUGGAUGCUCUUCCUUCGGUUGGCACACCAGUCAUUGUAAAAUUCAUCAAGGAGAAGUUCUUGGCUGGUGAACUUACCCUUCCAGAGUUCAUUCAGGCUCUUGUGGUUGCUCUGCAAAUGGUCACUGCUGAUUUGGACACCAUCCAAUUGACAGCUAGUUUGGCUAUGCAUGAGAAAAUCGCCAAAAUCCCAGCUCUCCGUGAAGUUGUAAUGCUUGGAUAUGGUUCCAUGAUUGCCAGGCACUGUGCUGCAGUUCCCUCUUGCUCUGCUGAGCACCUCAGGCCCAUUCAUGAUAUUGCUGCAGAGGCAACUUCUAAAAAUGACAUUCCUGAAAUCACAUUGGCUCUUAAAGUUCUUGGCAAUGCUGGUCACCCUGCUAGUCUUAAACCCAUCAUGAAGCUCCUGCCAGGACUGAGAACUGCAGCUACAUCUCUGCCCCUUAGAGUCCAGGUUGAUGCUAUCUUGGCCCUGAGGAACAUUGCCAAGAAAGAACCCAAACUGGUUCAGCCAGUGGCCCUGCAGCUUGUGUUGGAUAGAGCUCUCCACCCAGAAGUGCGCAUGGUUGCUUGUAUUGUAUUGUUUGAGGCCAAGCCAUCAGUGGCUCUUGUCUCCAGUCUUGCUGGUGCUUUGAAGACUGAAACCAACAUGCAUGUUGUGAGCUUCGCUUACUCCCACAUCAAGUCCUUGACCAGAAUCACUGCUCCUGAUAUGGCAGCUGUUGCUGGUGCAGCUAAUGUUGCCAUUAAGCUCAUGAGCCGCAAGCUAGACAGACUUAGUUACCGUUUCAGCAGAGCCCUUCAGCUGGACUUCUAUCAUACUUCACUCAUGGUUGGAGCUGCUGGCAGUGCCUACAUGAUCAAUGAUGCUGCAACCAUCCUGCCCAGAGCUGUUGUAGCUAAAGCACGUGCUUAUCUGGCUGGAGCUGCUGCUGAUGUUCUUGAGAUUGGUGUGAGAACUGAAGGAAUCCAGGAGGCUCUUCUGAAAUCUCCUGCUGCAGAUGAAGGUGUUGACCAAAUCACAAAGAUUAAGCGCACCCUGAGAGCACUCACAAACUGGAAGGAUUUACCAAACAAUCAGCCAUUGGCUUCAGCCUACAUCAAAUUACUUGGACAAGAAGUGGCUUUUGUCAAGAUUGACAAGACCAUCAUUGAAGAAGCUAUACCGAAAGUUUCUCAACAACACAUUCCCCAGAUUGUGAGUGGAACCAAAUCACGUGAACUGUUGAAGGCGGCUCUUAAAGCUUUGCAGGAAGGAAUUGCCUUGCAGUAUGCCAAACCUCUGCUUGCAGCUGAAGUGCGUCGUAUCUUGCCAACAGCAGUUGGUUUGCCCAUGGAGUUUAGUUUGUACACUGCUGCUGUUGCUGCUGCAAGUGUCAAUGUUAAGGCCACCAUUACACCUCCUCUUCCUGAGGAGAUUGAGACCAUGACUCUUGAGCAGCUGAAGAAGACUGAUAUUCAACUCCAGGCUGAAGCUAGACCAAGUAUUGCUCUCCAGACCUUUGCUGUGAUGGGAGUGAACACUGCCUUGAUCCAAGCUGCUGUUAUGGCGAGAGGAAAAAUCCGUACAAUUGCUCCUGGAAAAGUGGCUGCAAGAGCAGACAUUCUCAAGGGCUACUACAAGGUGGAGGCUCUGCCUGUUGAGGUUCCUGAACACAUCGCUGAUCUGAGCUUUGAGACUCUUGCUGUGGUCAGAAACAUUGAAGAGCCUUCUGCUGAGAGGACUGUUCCUUUAGUAUCGGAGUUGGCUGUGCAGAAAUCCCAGACAUCUGCUGAAUAUAUGUCAUCUGAGAAUUCAGAUGAGGUUCCUAUGAGAGCUCCUGCUCCAUUUGACAAGACUCUCUGUCUUGCUGUCCCAUACAUUGAAAUCAAGGGAUGCGUUGAGGUGCACUCUCACAAUGCUGCUUUCAUCAGAAAUACUCCUCUGUUCUACAUAAUUGGACAACACUCAGCCCGUGUUACAGUGGCAAGAGCGGAAGGUCCUGCUGUUGAAAGACUGGAGCUUGAAGUCCAAGUUGGUCCUAGAGCUGCCGAGAGGCUCCUUAAGCAAAUCAGUCUCAUUGAUGAGGAGACUGCAGAAGGAAAGGAUUUCCUGUUGAAACUGAAGGACAUCCUGGACACUGAAGAUAAAAACAGGAACUCUUCUGAAAGCAGCAGCAGCAGCCGCAGUAGCAGUAGUAGGAGUAGCAGCAGCAGCAGCAGAAGCAGCAGCAGUUCAAGCUCCUCAGGGUCCAGGUCUCGUGUGACCAAGACUGCCACCAUCAUGGAGGCUUUCGGGAAAUUCCACAAGGAUCGGUAUUUGGCACCCCAUGGUGACUCAAAGAAAGUUAGCAGUGGAAGUUCUGGAUCUAGCUUUGAGCGUAUCCAGAAACAGGCUAAGUUUCUCGGAAAUUCAGGUUCACCUGUUUUUGCUGUCAUUGCCCGUGCUGUGAGAGUUGACCACAAACUGCUGGGCUACCAACUUGCUGCUUACUUUGACAAACCAACUGCAAGAGUGCAAAUUGUUGUUUCUUCCAUCGCUGAAAAUGACAAUCUGAAGAUCUGUGUUGAUGGUGCUGUGCUGAGCAAGCACAAAAUGACUGCCAAGCUUGCUUGGGGUCCAGAGUGCCAGCAGUAUGCAGUCACUGCUAAAGCAGAGGCUGGUGUACUGGGUGAAUUCCCUGCUGCGCGUUUAGAGCUGGAAUGGGAGAGGCUGCCGAUUACUGUCACCAGCUAUGCUAAAAAAAUGUCCAAACACAUCCCUAUGGCGGCUUUCCAGACGGGAUUCAGCCUUGAAAGAGUAAUGAACAGUGAGAAAGAGAUUGAACUUACUGCAGCCUUGCCAACUCAGAGGUCCUUGAAUGUCAUUGCUAGGAUUCCAGAGAUGACACUGUCAAGAAUGGGUAUUCCUCUCCCCUUCACUGUUCCCAUCAAUCCAGAUGGAUCUCUUUCCAUUCAUAUUGAUGAGGACAUUCUCUCCUGGAUCCAGAAACAUAUCAAGGAAGAAUAAUAGAUAAAAAUAAUAUUUGACAUUUUUCCGAAGAAAAUGUUGAGCUCUGUUAAUGUAUAUUUAAGUAUUCCUCAACAGUUUUAUUGAAAGCAUUACCGCUGUUGUCAUGCAUGUAAUGUAACGCAGUUUAAUGCUAAUAAAUACCUUGCAAGUGAAA